CAUGACUGGGCGUUUUACGCUAACGGACGCAGCCCCAUACGUCGACCGACCGACGGCAGAUCGAGAUCGUCGCUUCCCAGCUGCAUCGUGGCACCCUUCACUUGCGAGAGACCCGACAAUUCUGUAGCCCAGUCGCCGACGCUGUGCUUGGCUCAGCCAGCCCGUGACCUCGCCACGACCUCUAGGGACGCCAGACGUCUAGAGUGUGCUUCGUCAUCCACCGCGAGACCCAACGGGCGCGCAACUUGCACCGCAAAGACGUCGUCGAAGCGAUGACUGCGCGCAGUGACCGCAGCUCUUCGGACCUCCGUCGCGACGACUCUGUGUCUGCGUUGUUCCUCGGGGCAGCUCCUCCGGCACACACGCGACGUUUGGAGGGAUUCCACGAGCAGAGAAGAGUUCCGUACAACAGCCGGUAUUGUGAACCGUAUCAACAGUACGCCUGCCCGCCGUAUGAGUAUCUGCGGCCUUAUUCCCCUGGCAAGGCGAACCGUGCUCACUGGAGGGCCACUGGAAGUACAUGGUACCUUGCGGACAGCUUCCCUGCCGAUAUCAACUCUGGACUUUUGCCUACGCCGUCGCAGUAUACGGAGUUGUUUCCGCAGGACCUAGACUCGGAACCUUUUGACGCCCCCGGUGAGACAGAAAGGCUUAUGAAGAUUCAUUACUUGGCCGAAGAGAUAGUGGCCCGCGACGCGGCCAUACUCUGCAACCGCGACGUCGUGUCGACGGACGUCGACGGCGAACCCUGCUCAACUACAGAGCCGACGAAUCCUGCCACGCCGUCGGUGGCCUCGCUGAGCUUGAAGACCCUGGCAGAGUCGUCGCUUAUGCCCCUGGCCGAAGCAGCGGGCCAUUCAGAUCGUGUCGUCGUCCAGGCCUCGCCUCCCGCGAGAGCGACGUCAGCGGAGUCUUCGAAGCAACCGCCGGGUGAACCCGCCGAGACGUCGCCGCCUAUGCCCGACGGACCAGAAACCGUCGCGGACAACUCGAACGGUUCGCCAGGGGAACAUUGCUCGAGUGCUGCGCCGAUUUCGUCGCAGAGCGGCGGUCGUCGAAAGAAGGCGAUUCCACGAAAGAGUCCCAGUGCCGACGACCCCAACUUCAAGGGCGCCGUGGUUCACAUGCGUCUCCAGCUGGUCAACGGAAUGCCAAAGCUGAAGAUGGAGCAUUACUUCAACAACAUGCAGCGACGAGGCGUUCUAAGACCGGACUACGCCGAGAUAAGCGAAUCGGAGGACGACUUUGAGUACGCCAGAAAGGAGGACGUCGAACAGCACGAUAAACAGUGCGCAUCUUGCGCCACGAAGUUAACACCGCUGUGGAGGGACGCCGAGGACGGCACACCGUUGUGCAAUGCGUGCGGCAUCAGGUACAAGAAGUACAAAGUACGCUGUACCCGCUGCUGGCACAUUCCCAGGAAGAACGACAACACCCGGAGCGACUGCAAAGAGUGUGGGGGCACGCUGCGCUUCGUCGUGCGAAAGUCGUGCGGCUGAAAGAAGGCACUUUGUUUGCAUCUCGUGCCAGCACGAGUUUGAUUUAUUCGCUUUGCGAAGCGCCCUGCAAGCAAUUUCUGUAUAGGCGCUUGUAACACUGCCAUGCACAUACACUCCACUCCUUGUUUGUUUCCUGGUUGUCGAAGAAAGACCUACGCUUUUCAUAAGAGAUCAAUAAAGGUUCCGGUUACUGCUUAGUCGUCCGAUGCAGACAAGAUCUGCUGCUGCUGUUGUUGUUUACCCUUGUGAAAUACGUAAUUCAAUAACUACCUAAUAGGGCGAGGUGGGAACUAUAUAUUAACGAAGUCGAGAGUAUGACGGAAGCCCGUCUGGUGGGGUGAUGCAUACGUAAAAGGAAGAGGUCCGUACAUCGACCACAACGGUCCAAGAAAUAUAUUUACGUUUCGGCUCCCCCACGGGAGCCUCGUUCACUAUGAAAUUUCAAGUGAAUGAGGCUAUCUGCCACAGGCUAUGCCUGUGCCUGUGGCAGAUAUCGUAAUUCUUGUCCUCGAGCUAGAUUAUUCGGUGAGGUGGACAUCACUAGCACGAGAAGUCGAAGCACAUAUUCAGCUUAUUAACAAAAAAGUCACUAAUUAUUUUUACGACACAUUGCAAUUUACAAAUUGUAGUUGGUGAGCCGCUCUAUAUAACGUCAGGCGUGCCACAAGGCUCCGUCCUUGGGCCGCUUUUAUUCCUCAUUUUUGUUAAUGAUAUUUCUGUGGGUAUUUCAUCGCGCAUGCGUUUAUUUGCCGACGAUUGUGUUUUAUAUCGGCAGAUUAGGGACGCAAGUGAUGGCGUUUCUUUG